CUUCCGGCAAGGGCAGAGGCGGAGAGGGAGAAGAAACAGGCAUAGAUAGAGGGAGGGUAAAAAGCCCUGUCCUCUGUCCGCUCUCAGCUCCCUCUCUAUGGUAUUUUCUUAAAGUCACCACUCGCCUUUUUUGCUCCUGCCCCGACUCUUAAUCUUUUUUUCCCCCUCCUCCGACUCUUCGGUUUCCCUCCGCCCCCCUCGCCUUGGUUUCUUCCUGGGUCGAACCAGGCGGGAUCCGAAUUGGGGGGCGGAGGGGGAGGAGGAAGAUGGCGCAGGCCUUGUCCGGAGAGGAGUUCGAGCGCAUGCAGACCCAACUCCUGGAACUUCGGACACAGAAUUACCAACUUUCCGAUGAACUCCGCAAGAACACUACUGAAUUAAAUGGUCUCCGGCAACGGGUGGCAUUUCUGGAUAAGGAAUUGGCCAAGUCUCAGAAGGCUUUGAGCAAGAGCAAAAAGGCUCAGGAAGUAGAUGCCUUGCUUAGUGAAAAUGAAAUGCUUCAGGGAAAACUGCACAGCCAGGAGGAUGAUUUCAGGCUGCAGAACAGCACCCUCAUGCAAGAGCUUUCCAAGCUGUGCACUCAAAUUGAGCAGCUUGAGAAAGAGAACAAGACCCUCAGGGAGGGUGGGUCAGUGGCAGGAACAGGAGCCGAGGAAGGAGCCUCCCCGGCCAGCCCUGUGGAUGGAGAACUGCUGCGGCUGCAGGCAGAGAACUCUGCGCUACAGAAGAACAUGGCAGCAUUGCAGGAGCGCUACGAGAAGGAAGUGGCUCGGCAAGCCGAAAAUCGAGGCGGUGGAAAGGGGGACGCUUCUCUGGAGCCUCCGCCCAGUGGGCAAGAGAGUGUGGAACCUCAGGCAUCUGAUGGUGGAGGUGGCAGUACCUCUCAGCAGCUGCUCUCGGAGGUGGAACUGAAAUGGCAGAUGGAGCGGGAAGAGAAGAUUCUCUUGAAGGAGCAGCUGCAGAACCUUGAGACAUCCAAGACAACAGAAAUGUCCCGUUUGCAGCAGGAACUCAGCAAGCUUGCUGAGAAGCUAAAGAAGAAGCAGGAGAGUUUUCUACGCCUUCAAACAGAAAAAGAAGCUCUCUACAAUGACAGCAGGACUAAAAUUGAGGAGAUUCAACAACGGAAGGAGGAGGACCUCAAGUCCCUACAAAUUCGCAACCAGAAGCUUCAGCAGGAACUCCAAACUGCAAACCAGGGCUUUUCAGAAUUAAAGGACCAACUUCAGAGCCGUCGGAAAGAGCAUGAAGUUGCCCUGCAAGCUCUACAUGACCAAGUUGCUUGUCAAAGUGCGGAGAGCCAGGAGCAGGUUGAGACCAUUCUGUCUGAAAACGAUGCUCUGAGAACCAAUCUGGCAGCAUUAGAACAGAUCCAGACAUCCAAGACCCAAGAGAUGAAUCUGAUGCGGGAUCAAGUGGCAACGUUGGGGGCAGAGCUGCAGCAGUGUCAGAACGAAAAGGAAACGCUGGCUGCCCAGCGGGAUGACCUCAACACGCAGCUCCAGGAGUCACUCCGGGCCAACACACGUCUCCUGGAACAGCUACAAGAACUUGGGCAGGAGAAAGACCGAUUGUUACAAGACCUUGAUGAAACCAGGAAGACAGCAGAGAAGCGUAAAGCCAUGCUAGAUGAGAUGGCCAUUGAGACCCUCCAGGAAAAGGGACGCCAUAAGGAAGAAAUUAGUAACCUCCGCCUGCAGCAUGAGAAAGAGGUGCUGGCCGUGCGAGCGCGCUACGAGCGAGAGCUUCGCGAACUGCAUGAGCAUAAGAAACGGCAAGAAGAUGAACUUCGUGGGCAGCUUAAGGAGGAGAAGGCUCGUAGCCAGGAGCUGGAGUCCAUGCAGCAAACCGUGGAGGAGCUGCGCCUGCAAAUACAGUCCAUGGAGGGCACGAAGGGAUGGUUCGAGCGGCGGCUUAAAGAUGCCGAGGAACUAAUAGAGAAGCACCAGCAGGAACAUGCGGAAGCCCUCCAAGCCUGUAAGGAGCAACAUCUGGCAGACCUGCAGCUGAAGGACCAAGAGGUGGAAGCAAGCAAGGAGAAGUUGCGAGAGAUUGAAAGAGCCCGGGAUGAACAUAUAGACGCAGUUAACCGCCUGAAACAGGAGGUGAAGGACACAGUGGAUGGGCAGCGGAUCCUUGAGAAGAAAGGCAGUGCAGCGCUGAAAGACCUCAAGCGGCAGCUUCACCUGGAACGUAAGCGAGCGGACAAACUCCAAGAACGCCUCCAAGAGAUCUUGACCAACAGCAAGAGCAGGACAGGGAUAGAGGAUCUCGUCCUGGCAGAUAUCAGCUCUCCAAGCCGGGCACAGACUGGGGACAGUAGCAGCAUCUCAUCCUUCAGCUAUCGUGAAAUCAUGAAAGAGGGAUCUGGGGCCGGAAGUAACAAGUCAACUACGGGUAGUCCACAGUCCCAGUCGCAACCCCCAAGGCCAGCUGACCUCUCAGAUGAAGAGAUCUCUGAGCUGUUCCAACGCCUGGCUGAAGUUCAGCAAGAGAAGUGGCUACUGGAGGAGAAGGUGAAGCACCUGGAAGUUAGCAGUGCCUCCAUGGCUGAGGACCUGUGCCGGAAAAGUGCCAUCAUUGAGACCUAUGUGAUGGACAGCCGCAUUGAUGUGUCAGGAGCCCAUGGACAGGUUGACCGGAGCAGUCUGAGCAGUGUCUUGCGGGAUUUGGUGAAGCCGGGAGAUGAGAACCUGCGUGAGAUGAACAAGAAGCUACAAAACAUGCUGGAGGAGCAGCUCACAAAAAACAUGCACUUACAGAAGGAUUUGGAAGUUCUGUCCCAGGAAAUUGUCCGUCUCAGCAAGGAGUGUGUCCCAUCCCCUGAUGCUGAGCCUGCCUUGGAUGAUGCCAUCUGAGCUCAACUCCGUCCAAGGACAUCAACUCCUUUCGCUGUGCCCACAGCUGCAUUGCUGAUGUUGUGGGGCUGGAGCGAGUAUUGGCACUUUCUGCCUCCACCCCCUCCUUUGCACUCCUCCAUUGGAUCACGUCUCACUAGUUUUAUUUUGUGGAGGUGUUUUUAAGCCUCUCCAACUUUCUGUCUUCCCCUUUUCUUAAUGCAACACAUGGUUUCUCCUUAAACCACUGCCCUAUGUUGGCUGCCCAGCUCAAACCCUCCCCAAAACAGAUUUCUUUCUCCCAAGUCACAUGCAUGCUGGUUAUGCUCUUGUCAGUUUCCUCUUGGGGCUGUCAUGCCUGACCCUUUAAGAAGCAUUGCUUGAGGCAGCCUCCCUGGUGGGAUGGGAGGCAAACUGCAAUCUGGUUCUUAGGGUGGUCAUUUUAAUAAUGCAAACCAGCAUUGAAUAGUAGGCUUCCAGUUGGGAACAACUGGGAACCACCCUUAUGUCAUUGGACUUCAGCUCCCAUCAUCCCUUACACUGGCUCAGGUCUGUGGGAGUUGCAGUCCAACCACAAGUGAAGAAUUUCCCCGCCCAUCCAUAACCUCUUGCCCGUUAUUUCCACUCUGACAAGCUACAGCUUUGUCCCUUGUGUUUUGUUCAUGCCACCUCACCGCUGGUCCCUUGCUCUCCCACAAGCUUAAUUUUGCAUGCUUGGUCAGUCCCAGCUGUAUCCAGCUGUUGCUGCUGUUAAUAAAGAGUAAAAUAUUAUAGAUAAAUAAAUAUAUAUGUAUAUAUAUAUUGGUGAUGAUUCCCUCCCCCAGGUGGGAUUGAACCCAAGCAGUGCAAACGCUUCUCUUCAUGUGGGAAGAGGAAGUCCUGAGCUUGUACAAGGUCCCAGCUGCACUUUCUGUGGGAGUGAGGGUGGCGUGAGGCUGUGUGUUUAUUUAACGUUAUCAAUGACUUGUAACAAGCUGUAAUUGUUGAGCAACUGAUAAUGCAAACAAUGAUUUUGUUUUUUUGGACCGGC